UAGACGCCCAAAACAACAAGAGAGAGGGAGAGGAGAACCAACUACAAAAUCUUACUGCUUUGGGCUUUUUAACGUGUGUGUGUGUGUGUGUGUGUUGCUGCGUGUCUCGUUUUGGUUUGUGUGUAGCUUCAACUCGUUUCUGACUGAUUUAUUGGACUAGACAUUUAGUUUUUUUUUUACUUUUGAAACGCAAUCAUCAUCGCGUCCGGGCUAGUUUGGACAAGUUUUCGAAGCACAACGUCCAACGAAAGAAACGCGUCGAGUGACUUUGGCACGAUAAUCUAUCGAUUUAUCGACUUGAAUGUGAACACUGAGUUUGAACAGUGGGGGGUAUUUAAACAUUAUAUAAACUCUAACCCAAGGAGAGAAGACAAAAACAAAGGCAGAACAGGUCUAUAUCUAUUUCUUUGUCUCCAAAACAGAAACUCGUUGAAACAAACGAUAACAAGUGCACAGCGUAAAAAGAAUCACACGGUUUUUUUUUUUUUUUUUAAGUGCGUUGUGGUUUUCCUCCCUCUUUUAAACAACAACAACAAAAAAUUGAAUCUAGAACAACUUAAAUGACGACCCGACCCCUGAAAAUUGCGUGGACACCUAUAAAGAACGACGGAUGGGAAGAGAGGGGACACCUCUUUGCUGAAAGCAUCUGUGCGUCGCCAUCGUCCGACCUGCUCAUCGUUUGGUUGCGUGUAGUCGAGAGAAAGUGAACGAUUCGAAUCAAGAAAGUUGCCUGCAAAAAAAAAGAGAACACAAUCUAAAGAAAUAGCCGCUGCUAUUGAAAAUAGUCGGUGACUUUGGCUCUGCUUUCCUAUACCAGUUUUAUGGGUGUUGUCCCCCUUCAGUGAAUAUUCGAUUAUCAUCUACAGCCCUUUCUUUAUGGGAACUGUACCACCUUCACCUUCUUACAAAAAAACAACGCUGUACUUGCUUCUAUUCUUAUUAGAGGCUCUAGUGUCGUCGAAGAAAGUGCUUCUUUUUUUAGCCGAGUGCAGCAGUGGGGAUCGUGAACAAAAAAACCGAGGGGAAGGAUGUUACGCUCAUUGAGGAUUGUUAUUAUUAUACUCUCCGUGGCCUAAUGACACGAGAGAAAUAUGGUAAUGAAAGUGACUCUUGACCCUUAAACUUCGCGUCUUUUCUUUCUUCCCACAACAACAAACACGCUGUUUUCUCUCUGUGAGCGCUUUCACCAUGUCGACGACGAACAAUCGCGCGGCGGAGCGUUCCAAACCGUCAACAGCCACCAUCAUCAAAAUGACAGAUUGGAGUCCUAUCCGAGAGCCGUCAGCAGUAACAGUUGCUGCCGCCACAGUUGCCGCUACCGCCGUCGUUUGGAUGGACUCUACAAGAUUGGAGCCUCCGCCGCCACGGCAAAAACGCUCCACUCCUCAACCAGUAAUCUCGAACCUGGACGAGGCGCGACAGAUGAUUGCCCGGCUAACCGAACGAAACACUGCGCAAGGUCACCUCCUGCAAGCAUGGAAACACAGACUCAAACAACAGAACGAAGCACUUUUCGGGCUGCAUCGGGCACGUGAGGAACAAAUGCGGUUGUUGACCUCGCAACUCCUCCUCUUGGAAGCCAACCUACGCGCAAAGCAGGGAAAGAUUGAUGGGUUGUUGAACCAACGCGACCGGAUCAUCAGCGGUCAGCAGGAGACGAUUCGUUCGCUGGAAAGGGAGUUGGAUCGUUGCCGAAAUAGCGUCGCGUCCGACGAGUCAAACGAGCAACAACAAACAGCCUCGUUGGUUGCAGUCAACCGACCGCAAUCUCUGGCCACGUUGACAGAUCAUCAUCAUCAUCAGCCGAAUUGCGGCGAAAUACAAAACGAGUCAUCCACCUGUCCGUCCAAGGACGACAAUUCAACAACUCAACUUCAAGUACGAGUUCUAGGCAGAGAGCAAGGAGAUGAGAGUCUCGACGACAGCGAUAGCGCCGUUGUUAUCGACGACGAUCACAGGCACUCGCCCACGUUCGCCCAAAAUCCUCAGCAAGUCAGAAUCAUCCGGAGCAUCUCGGACGUGGUGGAUUCAUCCCGGGCCGGCCUCACCAUUUUCAGGGAAACUACAAAACAGCCGGGCAUCCUGAAAUCCGCUCGAUUGGUGCGCAAUCAUCAGCGGAGGGUCAUGUUCCUUCAGCCGGAAGAGCCGGAGGUGGAAGAAGAGGACGAAGAGGAAGAAGAUUCGAUGGAGAAUAGCAGCAGCAGCGAGGAUUCGCCGUUCAAUAAACGCGGCCACAAAACAUUCCUGCGAGGCUCUUUCGAGCGGAUGCCCGUCAAUCAAGAGUCUAGUAGCAGCCGCGGAUCGGGUUUAUCUUCGUCGUCGUUUUCUCUGCGGGCAGCAAGUCUUUGCAGCAACCACCGAUCUGUCACCAGACCGCGUGAUGUCAAAUUCAAAAAGAACAAUAAAUGUCCGUGGAAGUCGAAUUCGGUCGAUGGAUGUUCGUCAUCGACUCCAUCAUCGUCGCAGGAAUUUCAAGUAUCCUGCUCUCACCAGGUUUGAUGCACGUCAAAACAAUGAAAACUAUAUAUCAUUCCAUUCUUUGUGUUGUGUGUUUGUUGUUGCACGCCAAAGUGUCACUCUGCGUACACUGAGAUGUAUUUGUUAGUACAGAUUUUCAGUUUCUUUGGGCUAACACAACACACAUUCCGAUAUGAUAUUGAUUAAGAAAUCUGUGCUUUAGUUUUUGUUUUUAAGGAAUUGCUAUCCCACGAUCUAGGGUAUGGGGUUUAAUCGUUGCGUGUACGUCUUUUGUGGUGUAUAUAUUUUCAAGGAAAAGAUUGGCCUUGCAAAACAAAAAAUGGGAAUAGAAAAGUCGUUCUAGAUUGUAGUCGGUGCGUGGGACCGUGACAGACGAAAAUAGCAGGUUUAAUGAUCCGAGUAAAUUCGAUAGAUGAUAAUAAUCGAUUAACGUCGGCAAUACGAGUCAUAUCAACCUAUUAUUAUUAUUUUGCAUUAUUAUUAUUAUUAUUAUUGGGUAUAGAGGUCACGAAAAGAGGCAUAUUUGUAUUUUACACUCACAGACACUUGAUUGUAUAAAAUUAUUUUAUUCUCCUCCAAAUCAUGUUUGUAAGUUUUGAUAGCUUUUUGUGUGUGCAAAAUAAAUAAAAAUUUUCUCUUUA